UUUUGAUGUAAGAUAAAUAUUUGAGAAGUGGGGCAGCUGCUAACAUUGGUAACUGGACCGUGUUUCCUUUGGUCAACCUCUGAGCCUACAGCAGUGAGUAGGACAGAAAGCAGCAGCUUCCCUCUGACCAAUCAUUCCAGUCAGCCAGGUAUUUUCCUUAAGCUCACACCUCGUGGCCUGUUCCCAUGUCCUGUGGUCAGUCAGAGCCCGGGUGCACAGCAGGCAGAUCACAGCGAGGAUGGAGCCGUCCGUCCUGCGCUUCGUGUGCUAGAAUUUAAAAGGUCCAUUUACACCAGAGCCCAGUCCAGGAAACUAAAGAUCCUACACAGGAGAAGAAAAGGGAGCUUUCACACAGCAGAUCGCCUUUCAGCAGCUUGGAAUUGAUUCCAUUUUCUCAAGCACAACGCAACAGCUAUCUGCGGUCAUCUGAGAAACGCGUGCUGCCGUCCCUGCAGCGCUCCCGUCCCUUGUUUCCUAGACGUAGUCUUAAGGGAUACCAGACACUUCACAUUCCUGCUGUACCACAGUGCAUUAGCUAGUGGGCAAAUGAAGUUCCAAAAUCAAGAGGAGUAUUUUCAAAAGGAAUUAAGCAAGCCCCGGGCAUCCCAGCCCGCAGCUCACCGCUGAAGGUUAGGGCCAGGACUGAAACACACCUGUCUGACACGCGCCAUUUUACAGCAGUUCCGUUGUAUGAAACGGUUGGGGAACUUGUGAAAUCUUUGCUGUUUUUUGAUAGCUGCUUUUUUUUUUUUUUUUUUUUUUUGUAAUAAAGACCAGACAAAUAAAUCGUCACUGAAUAUUUACUUGGAGUGUGAAGUAUCUUGAAGUUAACUCCCUGACUUUUAAUUCAGCAGGCAGCUGAAUGCAAGGACUGACCAAAGUUAAAAUCAAGCCUUAGAGCUUCUCCCCUCCAUUGUUUUUCUUGCUAAGCUUGCUUUCCAGCAGCUGUUUCCCCUUUUAAGUCAUGGCAAUAGCUAUGCAGCUUCAUCCCUCAAGAAAAUCUGAGAUUGUUUCAAGACAUUUAAACAACAGGAAACGUUCCACACCAGGAUUGCUGGAGGUGUCCCUGCCUGUGCUCACACUUCAACCAUGGAGCGAGACUCUCCCAGCCACCGAUGCUACGUGCCUUCUUUAAAGGAGGAAAACAGUAACACAGGGUUGUUGCAGGGGGUGAAGCUCCUGAUCUCAUGGUUGGGAUUGUGUUUGUGUCUCUGGCAGCCUCGUCCCCAGGGGAUGAACCUGGAACCGUUGGUUCUAACGAUGCCUGAAGCAGAGCCCUGGGUUUGUCCUGUGGUUGGGAUGCAGGGCGUGCCUGUGUCACCACCACUGGUGCACGUACUCGCCCUGAACUGCAGCACACAGGAUCCUGGUGCUGAGCUCUGAUGUCUGAAGGACAGCCUGUUUGUUACCCAGGUCAUGGCUUUGGAAAACCCAGGCUCAUGCUGCAGACUUUGGUUUCUCUGAUUCCUCCCUUGAGUCCAAAUUUAGCUAAGACACCGAUCAAUCCUUAUUAAAAAAAAAAAAAAAAAAAAGCAAAACAACAAAUAAGAGCCCACAGCAAUAACGUGUUGUGAUGGCAGAGCAGUGAAAACCUCAAAACCAACCAAGUCACAGUGGCCAGCUCCCUCCGGGUGGCAUUACAUAGACCAAGCAGCAGAAGAGUGAUGUUGAGUUUUUCCAGGCUCCCCUCAGAGCACGCUAUGCAGUAUUUAGGAACAGCUCUAACUGUGUGUGUCUUUUGUGCCUGUGUGUUCAGGGAUGCACUAAGAGAUGGAUGCCCUCCUAUCCCUCCCUCCUAUCCCUGGAGAUGCAGACGUGGGACGCGAGGAGGGGCUGGUCUGGGCUCUUCUUGUGCCUCUUCUCCCCAGAAGCGAUGCUAAAGCCACGCUCAUUGCUGCAGUGCAAACUAAAAGGUGACCACAGCGCACUGGCUGGAUUUCAGGCAGUCCUGUGCUGCUCCUACCACCUCUUGGUGACCUGUGCUUGUGCUUCACGAAGCUUGCACCGCAGAUGAUAACAUCCACGUUGGUCUCUUCCUUUUCAGAUGGGAAACAGGUUUCUCCUUCUACUAAACCGAGAGAAAGGGGAACAGGAGACUCGCUCUGUUACUAGAAAGGGAGUGCUUAUCACAGCUUCAAAACUGGAAGUUGUACGUUAGGUUAAAGUUAUCAGGAGGAGGAACAGUUGCUGCAUGCACUGGCUGUGCUUGCAUCUUUCAGAUCUCAUCUUUCUGCAAAAUGCAGGAGAAAACGGCACUUUCCCCGGGGGGUGACUUCGCAUCCUCCCCCACAUCCCCUGGCACCGGUUCUGGGAUCAACCUGAGCUAGCAGAUAACCCGCCCAGCAGGACAGCACCCCACAGGUGGGAACCAUCGCUGGAUGGGAGCUCCCUGCCCCGGGACAAGGGAUGGCAGUGUGAAAGCAGAGCCCUGCGGGGCGGCCAUGAGGGUACGCUCAGGUAGGGGCAGAGAGCUGAGGUCUAGGACGUGCUCUAUCACACACUGAAAACCCAGGCCCCGGCGGAUCAGCUUUGAGCAGAAGUUGAGCAGAAGUCUCCCCCGCGCUCUCCUUCCUGCUGUUGGCGUUGCCUCGUCUGUGGGGAAGCCUGAGUGAACUUUGCACAAGGGCAAAGUGUUGCUCAGAUUCUUACGAAACGCGUCUGACGAGCGGGACCGAGCGCUGCUGCUGGGUGCCCACCCGUGGGGCGCAGCGCUCACCGCACAGCUUCGCAAGGCCGACCUCGAGCCAAUAAACCCCUCCCCUGCCUGCAGCCCCACACAAAGCCCCCAGAAGCAAAACCCGAGGCGGACGAGGCGCGACGCAGGCACAGCCCCGAUUGCAAGCCCGCGGCGAUGGGGCAGCCCCUGCUCCACUUCCCCAUCUCGGGGCCGCGCUGCUCUGACGCCACCGAGGCCACUUCCUGGUGGGUCUGUGACACCAGGCGGGCUGCGGGAAGGCAGACGUGCAGCCGGGAGGGGCUGGGCGAGGAGGACGGGCACCGCAGGGAAGGCUGGGCACGAGGCGAGCCCCCAACGCAGCUGGGCGCACCGCAUCCGUCCCGCACCGCGCCAUGUCGCUGGUGGAGACCAUCCGGCUGUGGCAAGAGGGGGUGUGUGCAGCGGAUGGCAAGGAGUGGGGGGCAGCCCUGAAGGCCUUCACGGCCGUCCAGAACCCGCCGGCCAAAAUCUGCUUCAACAUCGGCUGCACCCACCUCGUCCUGGGGCAGCUGGCCGAGGCUGAGGAGGCGUUCACCCAGAGCAUCAGCUGUGACAAGCACCUGGCCGUGGCCUACUUCCAGCGGGGAACCGUCUUCUACAAGAGACACAACCAUGAAAUGGCCAUGAAGGAUUUCAAGGAGGCGCUGGCCCAGCUGCGAGGCAACCAGCUCAUCGACUACAAGAUCCUGGGGCUGCGCUACAGGCUCUUUGCUUGCGAGAUCCUUUACAACAUUGCACUGGUGUAUGCCACCAUGGAGGACUGGAAGAAAGCUGAGGAGCACCUGACGCUGGCAAUGAGCUCCAAGAGCGAGCCCCAGCACAACAAGAUUGACAGGGCGAUGGAAGCCAUCCUGAAGCAGAAGCUCUAUGAGCCCGUGGCGGUUCCUACAGGGAAGCUGUUCCGACCAAACGAAAAGCAAGUUGCUCAGCUGGAGAAGAAGGACUACCUGGGAAAAGCCACGGUGGUGGCAUCCGUGGUGGACAAGGACAAUUUUUCAGGAUUUGCUCCACUCCAACCGCAGGCCUCUGGGCCUCCACCCAGGCCCAAGACACCAGAAAUCCUCAGGGCUCUUGAAGGGCAGCCGCACCGCGUCCUGUACGAGUUCAUCCCCGAGACCGCUGAGGAGCUGCAGGUCCUGCCAGGAAACAUCGUCUUUGUCCUGAAGAAAGAGAAGGACAACUGGGCUACAGUGAUGUUCAACGGGAAGAAAGGGAUCAUCCCCUGCAACUUCCUCGAGCCCAUGGAGCUCCAGCACAAGCUGCACAUCCAGGAUGAGGCCUCUCCUGAGCCUGAGAUCCCUGAGCCACCCAGCAGCGCCGCUCCAAGUCCCCGGCGGCCAGCACCAGACCGCAUUCCUGUUACGGCAACGCAGCAGAGGGAAGCUGCUAAGGAAACUGAACCAGCCGUCCCCAAGCCCUACGUUCUCAAGGUGCAUUACAAAUACACAGUUGCCAUGCAAGUCAAGCCAGGCCUGUCCUACAAGGAGCUCCUGGGCCUGGUUUGCGAGAAGCUGGAGCUGGAGCCUGAGCACACAAUGCUGAGGUACAAGCCCGCAGCUAGCGGAGAGCUGGUGACUCUGAGUGAGCAGAACCUGGAGGCAGCGUGGAGCCAUGGCAAGGAAGGGUGCCUGACAGUGUGGUGUGACUGCACGGAGGGAGAGGGAUUUUUACCUGACAGCAAACCAGAGGAAGCACAGAAGGCAACAGCAGAGCUGGGACCAACCCAAGUGGUAGCACAGUACAGUUACGAGGCCACCCAGCCCGAAGACCUGGAGUUCCAGGCAGGAGACGUGAUACUUGUUUUAUCCAAAGUGAAUGAAGACUGGCUGGAAGGGGAAUGCAAUGGGAAGAUAGGCAUCUUCCCCUCUGCCUUUGUUCAAGACUGUAACACUAAAGACCCAGAAAUCUGAUUUCAGAAGAGCGCAGGGAGGGAGACUUGGACACUGAAAGAAAUUAAGAAUGCAGCUGUCGCAAUUAAGAUGUUCCCACAUUAAUCACUGCACCUGAAAACACCUGAAAACGGACCUAAAAAUAUUAUUGUUACACGUAUUAAAAGCUUGAUUUUUCUGGGCGUUA